UCCUCCCUGCAGAGUGGCGAGUGCCCGCAGCUGUGCGUGUGCGAGGUCCGGCCCUGGUUCACCCCACAGUCCACCUACCGUGAGGCCACCACUGUGGACUGCAACGACCUGCGCCUCACCCGCAUCCCCGGCAACCUGUCCAGCGACACGCAGGUGCUGCUGCUGCAGAGCAACAGCAUCGCGGCCACAGCCGACGAGCUGCAGCAGCUCUGCAACCUGACGGAGCUUGACGUCUCGCAGAACAACUUCAGCAGCAUCCGCGAGGUGGGGCUGGCCAACCUGAGCCGGCUCACCACGCUGCACCUGGAGGAGAACCAGAUCGCCGAGCUGCCCGACCGCUGCCUGCAGGACCUGGGCAGCCUGCAGGAGCUCUACAUCAACCACAACCAGAUCCGCGCCAUCUCGGCGCGCGCCUUCGCCGGCCUGCGCAACCUGCUGCGGCUGCACCUCAACUCCAACCGGCUCAGGGUGAUCGACAGCCGCUGGUUCGAGGCCACGCCCAACCUGGAGAUCCUCAUGAUCGGCGAGAACCCCGUGGUCGGCAUCCUGGACAUGAACUUCCGGCCCCUCGCAAACCUGCGGAGCUUGGUGCUGGCGGGCAUGUGCCUCACCGACGUGCCCGGGAACGCGCUGGUGGGCCUGGACAGCCUGGAGAGCCUGUCCUUCUACGACAACAGGCUGGUCAAGGUCCCCCAGCUGGCCCUGCAGAAAGUCCCCAAUUUGAAGUUCCUCGACCUCAACAAGAACCCCAUCCACAAAAUCCAGGAGGGGGACUUCCAGAACAUGCUCCGGCUGAAGGAGCUGGGGCUCAACAACAUGGGGGAGCUGGUGUCCGUGGACCGCUACGCCCUCGACAACCUGCCCGAGCUCACCAAGCUGGAGGCCACCAACAACCCCAAGCUGUCCUACGUCCACCGCCGGGCCUUCCGCGGCAUGCCCGCGCUGGAGAGCCUCAUGCUGAACAACAACGCCCUCCACGCCGUGUACCGGGCCACCGUGGCGUCGCUCCCCAACCUGCGUGAGAUCGGCAUCCACAGCAACCCGCUGCGGUGCGACUGCGUCCUCCGCUGGGUGGCCGCCAACACGACCAGCAUCCGCUUCAUGGAGCCGCUGUCCAUGCUCUGCGCCGCGCCGCCCGAGCUGCGGGGGCAGCCGGUGAAGGACGCGCUGGCCCGGGACGUGGGCGAGCGCUGCCUCCCCAUGAUCGCCCACGACGCCUUCCCCGGCCACCUGAGCGCGGAGUUCGGCGCCACAGUGCUCCUGGACUGCCGGGCCUUGGCGGAGCCGGAGCCCGAGAUCUACUGGGUCACGCCCCUGGGGAGGAAGAUAACCGGGGACACGCUCUCCGACAGGUACACGCUGAGUAGUGAGGGCACCUUGGAGAUCCCCAACGUCCGCAUGGAAGAUUCCGGGAGGUACACCUGCGUGGCCCAGAAUGUGGAAGGCGCUGACACGCGCGUGGUCACGGUGAAGGUCAAUGGGACCCUCCUGGACGGGGCCCAGGUGCUGAAAAUGUACGUGAAGCAGACGGAGUCCCACUCCAUCCUCGUGUCCUGGAGAGUGACCUCCAACGUCAUGACGUCGAACCUCAAGUGGUCCUCGGCCACCAUGAAGGUUGACAACCCGCACAUCACCUACACGGCCCGGGUGCCUGUGGACGUCCACGAGUACAACCUCACGCACCUGCAGCCGUCCACCGACUACGAGGUGUGCCUCACCGUGUCCAACGUCCACCAGCAGACGCAGCGGUCCUGUGUCAACGUCACCACCAAAACGGCCGCCUUCGCCCUGGACCUCUCCGACCAGGACGCCAGCACGGCCCUGGCUGCCGUCAUGGGCUCCAUGUUCGCCGUCGUCAGCCUCGCGUCCACGGCCGUGUAUGUCGCCAAAAGGUUCAAGAGGAAAAACUACCACCACUCGUUGAAAAAGUACAUGCAAAAGACCUCGUCGAUCCCACUCAACGAGCUGUACCCCCCGCUCAUCAACCUCUGGGAAGGGGACCCCGAGAAGGACAAGGACGGGGCCGCGGAGGCCAAGCCCGCCCAGGUGGACACGUCCAGGAGCUAUUACAUGUGGUAACGCCGGGGAGACGCUGCUCUGGCGGCGAGGAGCACAAAGACGCUUUUGCUUUAUUCUGCAAAGUAACACGUGGGAGACUU